CUUUUAAAAUCGAUAGAUUUUACUGUUUUUCGGCGUAAAGCUGGAUUAAUCAGUGAUAUGGUCGAUGCCGCUGCACCUGCCAAAGCUGAAAUGCUGGCAGCGGCCAGGAAAAAGCUGAAAGACUUUGAAGCACGUCAAAGACUCGAUGGACGUAAUUCUCCUGCAUCAAGUAUCAUUUCAUCAGAGCCGGGUGCUGGAGCAGGUUUAAAUGGACGGAGCAGCGUUGUCAGUGAAGAUUCGACAGCGCUUCAAAUUCCACACUCAUCUUCUUCUGCACAAAGUUUGAAUGCAAGAAAUGGAUUGGAUGCUUCACCAUUUCAACCGAACGGAAACGAAUGGUAUCAGGCAUAUACACAAUUGAAGACCCAGCAUGACGAAUUGUGUGCCCAUUACUCCCAACUUCAUUCCGCUUAUUCACAAGUCAAUGCAAAUGGAAUACAUGUGGAUACAGAAAAUCAAAUUGUCCAACUCCAAAAUGCAUUGUCUGCAAUGGUUGAAGAGAAAGUUUCGUCUCAAAGUGAUCUUCGUCAGGCAAACAAGCAAAUCGAAAAACUUCGACACAAGCUGGCUGCUGCAGAGAACAUUGCCAACCAAAUGAGCAAUUCAACAUCAUCUGGACUUUCGUCAAACGAAAUUCGAAAACUCAAUGAAGCAAUUGCACAAAAAGAUUCCCUAUUAACUGCACGUCAUCAAGAGCUAGAAGGAGCUCGACGAGAAGUUGCAUCAAUGCAAGCUAACCUGCUAAAUGUUCAACACGAGAGAAGUGAAGCACAAGCACGUGUGAAAAGUAUGAUAAAAGAAACGGCGGCUCAAGAAAAUCGCAUCAGUCAGCUCAUGAAAGACAUUCAAAUGAAAGAUCUUUAUUUGAAACAACUUGGAGCCACAGGACCGCCGGGAGGGAUUCCGAAUGAGAAUACGAAUUAUGAAAACUUGCAACGUGAGCUGGAGAACGUUAAAGCUGAAAAAUCACGUCUUCUCGUCGAAUCUGCGACAUUAAAAGCUCACUAUGCUGAUCGAGAGUAUGCACUUCAACAAAAGCAAGCAGAGAUGGCUUUAGAAAUCGAGCAUUUGCAUAAUCAAAAAUUUUCUUCAAACGAUCAAGUUGAACAUCUCGAAAAUCAACUCGAAAUUGCUCAAUCUGAACUGCAGAAGCUUCAAAUGAAUAUGGAUGUUUCUGAGAGGCAUGAUGAAAUUCCAACUAUCACAGAAGAAGAUGUAGCAAGACGGAUUCGUGAAGCGUGUUUCGUUGAAAGAGGGAAGUGGGAACGAAGAAGUGAGGAUGAUCAGAAACGCAGAGAAGAAGAAAUUCUAGAAAAAGACAAAGUUAUUUUCGAAAGAGAACAGUCAUUGGCAGAACUUGAAAUGAAAUAUCGACUUUUGGAAGAACGAACGUUAGAGUCAACUGCAAACGGAGCUGAUUUGUUGUCUCUUUCAGAGCAACUACAGAACGAAAAAGCGACCGUAUCCCGCGCAGUGGCACAAAACAAAGAGCUUAAAGAACGUCUCUUGGAAACGGAAGACCGAUUUGUUACUCUUACGAAAGAAAAAGCAGAUGUCGAGCUUGCAAAACAAUCUGCUGAGCAUCAAGUACGGGAAUUGACAAAGCAGUUGAAUUUAGAAACCGCGGGUCUUGUUGGUAAUCUGUCAGAAGUAAUCGCUCGACAACCUCAUCUCGAAGCAUCACAAGAAUCUGCUGCAAGUCAAGAACAACGUGAAGAAUCUCAAGAAAUCGUGAAACUCAAUGAAGAAUUGAAAGAAAAUAUCUCAACGCUUCAAAGAGAAAAUGCAGAAAUCAGAUCCGAUUUAGAGCUGAAAACUCAUGAACUUCAACUGGUCCGUGCUGAUUUGAGACGAAGUAACACUCAUAAUGAACAAAUGGACGAAAUAAUGAGGCAAAAUGCAGAAGAUGAGAAUCAGAAUUCGAUUCACGUUGAGCUCACUCAAGCAGUUGGCAGAGUUCAGGAUCUUCAUGCCGAAAAUGAAGCACUCAGAGAAGCUUUUAAUAAUUGCCGUCAACAAUUGGAAGAUGAACGAGCUGAUAGAAGAGCAGAGGAAGAACGGAAAGAUCUCGAAAGCAAACAGGAACAGCUGGAGUUGAAAGAAACCAAGGUUCCAGAAGAAGCUGAAAAUCAGCAGUCUUCUAGAGAGCUUCAUGAAGAUCUAUGGGCACGAAAAGAAUUAGAGAAACGAUUCGCUCGAGCAAUGCUUCAGAAUGCUGAACUCGUUGAGACAAUUGAUCGAUUAGAGCACAUCAACCAGCAGCUAGAACUCGAAAAUGACACAAUUGCUGAUCACGUUGUUCUCUAUCAGCAUCAGAGAAAAUUGGUUCGUGAAAGGCUUCGUGUAAAAGAUGAACAAUUGAAGGCUAUGGAAGAGGACAGAACGAAAACUGUUGCACGAUGCCAAGAACUGCAAAAUGUGUUAAUGACUGUACUUAACAAAGGUGGAGUAUUAAAGGAAUACCAGACAAGCUCAAUCUCCCGAAAAGCAGCUCGCCGAGUUUCCCGAAGCUAUAGCCAUUCGACAGUUGAUGAAAUGAGCGGAGACGAAGAUGUUUUGGUGGACGCCAAAUUGGAAGAAGUUCCAGAGCGUGAAAAAGUACAUGGUAAUAGUGAUGAUGAGAAGAUUCCAAGUACUCCACCACCAACUGUGUUGGAAGCUCAAAAUAGUCCACGAUUAUCGGAUUGUUCUGCUGACAAAGAUAAUAGUGAUACUUUCGGGCAAACCCAAGAUGCAUCUGUUAGACGAAUUUUGGAAAUUAUUUCUGAUAUCAGUAGACCCCAAAUUCUACCCGCUGGACAACUCCACUGUACACAAUGCAUUGGAGAUCUUCAAGAACUCUGAAUAAAAAUGUGCAUAAUGACUUUACUGUAAACUUUCUUUUAGCUUAUAAUGUGGGUACAACUUUUAGCUAAUUAUUAUUCUUUAUUGUUUCCAGUCCCCGUUUUUUUUGUAAAUUUCGACUCUCCCGCUGACUUAUUUAAAUUAUCGUUUUCAUCCCCCAAUCACUUCCUGUGUUCAUUUGUGAUAUUUAUAAGUGACAAUUUUCUAUUAAUUUUAUUGAAGUCCGAUUAGUUGGUAAGCAAAUGGUAAUUAUUAUUUAUUUUUUCGUUAAUUAUUCUUCUUGGGAAUAAAUGUAAAAACUUUAAA